AUGGCGGCGGCGCGGGAAGAGGGGAAAGUUGUGAAGCGUGGUGAGUCUAAGUCCCCCUUUGUACCGGGCUCCAUCGUCAGGAUCUUCAUGAAGAACUUCCUGACAUACACUGUCUGUGAAGUAUAUCCAGGGCCCAACCUGAACGUGGUCGUAGGUGCUAAUGGCACAGGCAAGUCAAGUAUAGUUUGUGCCAUCUGCCUGGGACUGGCUGGAAAACCUUCUUUCUUAGGGCGAGCUGAUAAGGUUGGUCUGUUUGUGAAGCAGGGGUGCAUGAAAGGCAUAGUGGAAAUUGAACUGUUUAAGUCACCAGGAAAUAUUCUUAUCACACGUGAGAUUUAUGUGGUGAACAACGCAUCAGUGUGGUUUAUCAACAGAAAACCAGCAACCCUGAAAACAGUAGAAGAAAAAAUUGCAGCUUUAAACAUCCAGGUGGACAAUUUGUGCCAGUUUCUUCCUCAGGACAAAGUUGGAGAAUUUACAAAAUUGAGUAAGACUGAGUUGCUCGAAGCCACUGAAAAGUCCAUUGGUUCUCCAGAAAUGUACCGGUUUCAUUGCGAACUGAAAAAUUUCAGAGAAAAGGAAAGAGAACUAGAGAACUUGUGCAGAGAAAAAUCCACCUCACUGGAGAAAAUGAAGCAGAGGGUUGAACGGUACAAGCAAGAUGUUGAAAGAUACCAUGAAUACAAGCGCCAUUUAGACUUAAUAGAGAUGCUUGAGAGGAAAAGGCCGUGGGUGGAAUAUGAAAAUGUUCGUGAACAGCAUGAAGAAGUGAAACAGUGCCGAAACCAAGUUAAGAAAGAACUGAAGUGUCUGAGAGAAAUGCAGGCCCCAUGGACAAGAAGAAUCCAAGAAGCUGAAGAAAAUUUAAACAAUCUGGAUAUGAAAACCAGAGAUAAUACUGCUGAAAUCAGAAAUAUUUCCCAGAAAUGUAAAGAGAAACAAGAUGCUUUGGAGAUGAAAGAUAAACAGAUUGAAGAAAUUAAUCAAGCAUUCAGAAUGAAAAAAGAUGAAGAAACAAACAGGCAGAAGAAAAUACACCAAACUCAACAAAUAAUAGAGGAGUGGCAGAAUGAGCUGGAUACAAUGGCAAUCUGUGAGAAUCUUCAGCCACAAAUCGAUGCUGUUAAUACUGAGCUGAAAAAAUUACAAGAAGAGAAGGCAAAUAUUGAUAAUGAUGUUAGUGAUCUAAGAGCAGAAAAAAACAACCAAGAGCGGGAAGAGAAAAGAAUAAUUGAUCGCCUUGGACAACUUAAUAAUAUAAUGCAUAUGAAGGAAGAGAACCUUAAAAUGAGAUUCCGAGACACGCACUCUGCUCUUAUGUGGCUAAGAAACAACAAAGACAAGUUUAAAAAAAAAGCUUGUGAACCCAUGAUGCUUGAAAUCAAUAUGAAAGACAGUAGACAUGCAAAAUACAUUGAAAAUCACAUUUCGUCCCAUGACUUGAGGGCUUUCGUUUUUGAGUGUCAAGAAGAUAUGGAGACAUUUCUGGUGGAGGUGCGCGAUCGUCAGAAACUAAGAGUGAAUGCUGUAUGUGCACCUGAUGAAUCAUGUGCUGAAAUUUUACCAUCAAGACCUAUUGAAGAAUUACACCAAUAUGGAUUUUAUUCAUAUUUACGAGAGUUAUUUGAUGCGCCUUCUCCAGUGAUGAGUUACCUUUGUAGCCAGUACCGUGUUCAUGAUGUUCCUGUGGGAACACAGAAGACCAGAGACAUGAUUGAAAGGAUCAUACGGGAAACCAAUCUGAAGCAAAUUUAUACAGCAGAAGAAAGAUAUGUUAUUAAAAUAUCUUCUUACACAAAACAAACCAUCUCUAGUAACAUAUGCUUGAAGGAGGCACAGUAUCUCACUAGUUCAGUGGAUACAGAGGAAAGAGGACAGUUGGAAAACCAACGACAGGACAUCAGUAAUACGUUAAAGUCAUUGGAUGCACGUUUGACUGCACUGUUCGAGAGACAGAAACUUCUGGAUCUCAGGGACAAUAAACUCAGGCAGGAGAAGAAGGUGCUUUUAGAGAGAGGAAACCGGAGGAGGCAGUUGGAAUCAAAAAUUGGUGUGAAGUAUGAUAGUUUAAGACAGCUGGAACAAGAUGCUAUUGACCUAGAGAAGGAAUUUCAGCUGGCAAAUGUAAAAAUCAAAGAAAUAAAUAAACAGAAAGCAGAACUUGUUACUGAACUGAUGCAUCUCAUGAAGAGGAUCAUACCAUUGAACGUCAACAAAGUAGAUCUGGCUUUUCAGAUGACCAAGGUGACUGCUAAGAAAAACAGACUACAAUCAGAGUACAAAGCAGGAACUGUACAGCUAAGAGCUGCACAGCAACGUUUUCAUGAACUGGAUAAUAGGAAGCAACUUCUUUAUGAGAAGUGCAAGGAACUGAUGAAACAGGCUCAACACAUCUGCAGAUUGGGUCCAGAUCAAGAUUUUCCAGAAGAAUUUAAAGUUGCUUUUCAGACUCUUCCAAACACAUUGGAGGAAAUUGAUGCUUUUCUGAAUGAAGAGAAAACCAGGGCUUCCUGUUUCACAGGCCUCAGUCCUUCGGUUGUUGAAGAAUACAAUAAGCAAACACAAGAAAUACAGCAGUUAACAGAAUAUCUAGAGGAAAAGAGAAAUGAGUUGAAUAACUAUAAGCAAAACAUUUCACAGGUCAAAGAAAAAUGGAUAAACCUCUUGAAAGUGAUGAUUGAACAAAUUAAUGGAAAGUUCAGUAAGUUCUUUAGUUCUAUGCAGUGUGUUGGUGAAGUUGAUCUUCAUAUGGAAAAUGAGGAGGAGUAUGAGAAGUAUGGAAUUCGCAUUAGAGUCAAAUUCCACAGUAGCACUGAACUUCAUGAAUUGACUCCGUAUUAUCAUAGUGGAGGUGAGAAAACUGUUUCUACUGUGUUAUACCUGAUGGCUCUGCAAGAACUCAACAGAUGUCCCUUCAGGGUUGUUGAUGAAAUAAAUCAGGGAAUGGAUCCAGCGAAUGAGAGAAGAGUUUUUGAAAUGGUUGUGGAAACUGCUUGUAAAGAAAGGACAUCUCAGUACUUCUUCAUUACACCAAAGCUCCUGCAGAAUCUCACUUACAAUGACAAGAUGACUCUGCUGUUUGUCUACAAUGGGCCUUUUAUGCUGGAGACAUACAAAUGGAACAUAAAGCGCUUCAAGCGACGGCAACGUCACCUUUCCAGCAUGACUGAAUCUUAAUUCUACAGAAGUAUUUUAUAUAUCUUUAUUGAAAUAUCUGGCUUUCAAGAAUUCAGAAAUUGUCAAAGAGGAAAACCCUCAAAAAAACUGAUGAUUGUGAACUUUGGUUCUUAAAACUAACACAAAUGUUUGACAGAUUUGAAAUGCAUGGUUUUCUUUUUCAAGUCUUUCAUAGUGGUCACUUUCUCCAGAUAACCUACUCUUCUCAAUUGUAGGUUUAAAGAAAAAAAUUCUUUUUUUUUUUUUAAAUAUUCUGUCAGUUAAUGCAGCAUCAGAAGUGCAGGUAAUUUUUCUAGGUUAUCCUGGACUUACUCUGUGACCAUUGUUUUUCUAGAGGUUGGGGAUAUUUUUCCAAAAAUUGGAAUUUGCUUUUGGUAAAUAAUUUUACUUUACCACAGAUGUGGGUGUUAUCCCAUUUCCCUAUUGAAAUGCAAUUUCUUAAAAUUAAUUCAGGUGAUCUGUAGAAAAAGAAUGGUUUGUAAUAGUUUGUUUUGUAAAAAUAAACC